GCCUGCAACAUCUGUGCUUGGUGGAAAGCAGCAUAAGAAUUUUGCGCCCUGGAGGCACAGGCCUACCCCUCCGCUACCAAUGCACCAAAUGAUGAGGCAAAGCCAACUGAAGAUGGUUCUACAAAUUUAAUAAUGGAGUUUGAAAACGUUCCCAUUGAAAAAUGGACAGAGGCCAUGGUCAGUGCCUGGCUAAAGUCCAUUGGCAUAAAAGAAGACUAUGUGACCAAGCUGAACGAAGAAGAGGUGAAUGGCAAGAUUCUUCUGGAAGUAACGGAGGACUUUCUGAAAAAAGAAACUGGAAUGAAAUCUGGGCCAGCUCUUUUGAUCAUCAAAAAGAGAAAGGAAUUUGUUGAAUUGCUUAAGAAGGCCCAAAAGGUCCAAAGGCCUAAAAAUCAAGGAGCUUCUAAAAGGGAACACUUCGAUGCCAAAAAUGUCCCAGAGACAAAGGAAAAUCCUCCAGAAGCCAAGGAAACCUCUUCAAGCUCAGAGAUUCAAUCUGUGUUAGCAUCAAAAAAGGACUGUAGACCUAGACCAUUUUGCAAAAAUGGUAUUGAUUUUACAUAUGUCAAGCACAGUGUCCUGCAGCCAGAAUCAGGUGUUAUUGAUCUCAUAUCUCCUUGCCAUGAGUACAAGUCAUUUGCUACCGCAGCCACUUUAGACCGCACAAGGCUACAGGCCAAAUUUGCCAAAGAGGUCUUGAAAUUUGGUGUUGGUUGCAUGAAUGUAAGAUCAAAUGGCACCAUACAUUUUGGUGUAAUGGAUAGUAGGGAUGACUCUGGCUAUGUGCAUGGUGAGAUUAUUGGUGUGCCAGUGGCUGAAAAAGACAUGUAUGUUGAUGCCCUUGAUCACAUUAAGAAAGCCUUUCCCAUUGGUGAGCAUGCCGAGCAUGUGGAACUGUGUAUACGGCCACCUGAAUUCAUUGAGGUUACUGACUUAAAGAACAGCUGUGAAAAGAUGUAUGUUGUGGAAGUUGACAUUGUUCCUGCUAUCGAUGUUGUAAAGAACAGAGUAUAUUCUGUUCGUCUACCAAACUUCAGACAGGAUACAAACAAGGUUGACUUUGAAAAAGAAGUCAUCUACCGCAGGACAGGCUCGAAAACAGAACCAGUUAGUGAUCCAAAUGAAUUCUACCAACGGGUCCGUGACAGGGAUGCUCUUCGAGAAAGGGCUGAGCAGACAUGUUUUGACAGUAACCCAGAAGUCAGCCAAGACCUCGGUAGAAAACUGACAAUGCUCAUUACCAGUGGCAAGAAAUUCAUUGAGAAGGAAAAAUGGUAUAUUCUUGUCACAAACAAAUUCGGAGAGCAAGACCUAGGCAGCAUAGACUUUCUGUUGAAUAUGAAGAUCUUCAGUGUGUUUGAUUUUGAUCCUGACUCCAAAGUAUCAGGAUUGUGCAGUGAAUUCUUAAAACACCAUGCUGCAAACUUGCACUUCAUGCAAGACUACAGAAUUCCCACUGGGAAGAGUGUCACUGAUUUUUCAAGCCAUCUUCAUUUAUUUGAACAGACAAGUUGGAUAUUUUGCAAUGGACGCAGUGACUUCAAAGGAAAUGAGGCUCAGUGUGAUGAUAUGACAUGGAUCAAAACCAGAAUGACUCUGCUUCGAGAAUGUGUGUCAGUGAUCUGUAAACAGAUCUUGCCAAAAGGCACCUUCAUUGUGGUGUUUUUACUCACAUCUCCUGUUGAGAAACCUCUACUGCACACUUUCUAUGAGUUUUUUACUGACAUGGAAGGUCAUGAAGACAUCAUAUGCAUCUCAGAAUCAGAAGAAAACUUCUUGAAGUGGCAGAGCUUUGCAGAGGGGUCAUGCGGCGCAAUCACUGUCAAUCACUCAAGUAUAGUUGGAAUGAAAAUGAGUCACAUCAAUGCAACCCUCAAGCGCAUACAGCCGAUGACUUCACGCCCUUCAAAACUCCUGCCAGUCUAUCGAAAGGGAGAGUGCAACCUUGACACUCGUGAGGAAGAGAGGAUGUAUUCCCUUGAAAUCUUGAGUGUUAACCAUUGUGAUGAAACCAGCCUUGACUUUGUUGAGGACCAGAAAGAAGCCAUUGAAAUGCAGUUUUAUCAUGGAGGAAAAGUUAAUUGGUUGAACUUCUGGUUAGCUGACAAGAAGUUUGUCGGGGAUAUCAUCCAAAGGGAUGCUUACCAUGAUAUUUCAAGUCUGAUCCAAGACAACCUCAAAACAAAUGUUGAGCAACUACCAAUCUGUUGCCUGAAUAUAAACCAUCAUCCAGGAAGUGGUGGUAGUACAGUGGCAAGGCAAGUUCUUUGGAACAACCGAAAAAGCCUACGAUGUGCUGUUGUCAAGCCAUCAUACUCUGCCUCUUUAGUGGCAGAGCAUGCCUUCCAGAUUCGAGAAUAUGAAGAGAAAGACAUGCAAAAUUGUCUCCCAGUUCUCUUACUGUUGGAAGACUGUGACAGAGAGUAUGUGGAUGAUUUGAAGAAUGAAUUGGAGGCAGCAUUCAAUACCAAAAAGAUCAGACGUGGAACAUUGUGCUUCAUUUUGCUUACCUGCAGACGAUCCCAUAACCCAGAAAAAAUGUGUAAGGAAUCACCAUUGGAGAAUGUUGCUGUGACUCACAAACUCUCAGAUGAAGAAAAGAGACUUUUUGCAACCAAACGUAACAUACUUGAGCAAAGCUAUCAGCCUGAGUUCAUCUUGACUUUUGUAUUAAUGACGGAGGAAUUCAAUCACCAGAAAAUAGUUGAGUACGUACAACAAUUUGUGACACAUUUGCUCCAAGGGAUUGACCAUGACUCAGUGGUGACAAGGCUUAUUCGCUAUGUUGCACUGCUGAACACCUAUGUGCAAAACUCUUUCAUCUCUCAGUCCCACUGUGAGGCCUUACUAGCUAUACCAAUUCACCUUGAUAGAUUUCGGCAGCAUGCCUUUGAGCGAUCCCUAAGUGAGCAAGCAAAAUUGGUCUUCAUACAUCUAAGGGAUGAUAGGACACACAUACAAUCAGUCAGAAUAAUCCAUCCCUUGGUUGCAAAGGAAAUACUACACCAGCUCUUAGGUGAGCAACCUCAAAGUGAGCUGGCACUGAAUCUCCUGCAGGAGGAUGGGCUUUUUGAGCACAGGUUUGGCAAAGAUGACUACAUCAAAUUUUUGCGAGCCCUAUUCAUGAGACGAAGCAGAGUAAGCAAAGGUGAUGAGUCUGACAGUUUCUUCUCCCCACUCAUUGAACAUGUACAGGAAAAUGAAAGUCCUGAGAAAGCAAUUCUGCUUCUUAAAGAGGCAUACAUACGAUUCAACAAAGAUGCUUUCUUUGCUCAGCAACUUGCCCGUCUCAGCUAUGUCCAUGACCUAUUUGAAGAUGCAAGACAAUGGGCAGAAAUCGCUGCAUCCAAGAUGCCGAACAAUUCCGAUAUUUUAGACACCAGAGGCCAGGUGUACAGGAGGUGGUUUGCUGCCAAAUCUAAAGCACUUGACAAAGUUAAGAAAACACCAGAAAAUACUGUAGAUGCCAUUGAGACAGCAUUGAAGGCACUAGAAUGUUUUCAGCUUUGUGAAAAGGCAGCUAUUGCAGAUGCCGAAACGAUGAACAACUCUGGAUUUUUUGCUGUAGUAGAAGUGGGAUGUAGUUUGCUAAAGCUUAUUUUCUCACUUCCAAUCUUCUCCUGUAAGUCAUCUGGCUAUACCACAUGCAUACAGUACCUGGUGACUGACUUUAUCCCUGAACCCGUUAAGAAACCUUGGGAGAAUAUUCACAGCAAAUUGAAAAGCCUGCAGACCUUAAUGAGGGAUGCCCUGGAGUGGAUAUCUGAUGACUUGAGUUACUUUCAGACUGAUGUAAGCACAGAUGAAGAAGGGACUUCAGAAAGCUAUGAGAUGAAAAUAAGCCACCCUAAGACUUGGUUGGUGACCAAAUCCAAUGUGUAUGGAAAGUACUUCAGUGAUGCCUCUGCUGAAACCCUUAAGAAGCAGUCUCAGUCGAACCCAGACAGCCUGACUCCUUUCAUGAAACGGAUGCUGAUUUAUCGUCUCGGUGGGGGCAACAUAAUAACAAUCUUCUCACUUCUCAGUGACCACAAAGACAAAGAUUCAGUCAAAAUACUUGAGGACAUAAUCUCAUUGUACCCCAGAAAUCCACAGAAAGCAAGGCUCGAUCAGAUGGAUCUUUCGAACUACAUAGCCACCCACAUUGCUCUUAGCUGCCUCUCACCCCAGUCUUCCAUGCUAUCCAGUCUGACGGAUCUUCGGAGAUUGACCCAGCAGCUUCCCAGUGAAAAACGGGACUGCUUGUCAUGUGCCCUUUACCUCCUCACAUUGCUCUUCUGGCCAGAAGAUCAUGACACGGAGGAAACAAAGAACACUAAAUAUGAAAUUGUUCUUGCUGCAGUAGAAUUCCUCAAACGCAGUUACUGGAAGAAAAUGAAAGAUGUUCCACAGAGAAGGAGGAGGAUAUUCACCCACUUUUUCCUUGGGAAUGGAAACGGCUUUGAGAAGUUUGUGCACAAAACCAAAGUGGAGAAAAUCACAAAACUCCUGAGUGUCUCUGAGAAGAAACUGAAGUGGUUUCGUGGCGAGGUGUGGAAAAUGCCAGAAAUCGCAAAGCUGUUCAAACGUGUAAGUGGCUGGACAGAGGAUGGGACAGUGUAUAUUGAAGGCCCCCGCCAGAAGUUCAUUGUGCACGCUCUGAACACAGGCUCAGUGCCUUAUGGGAAUGAAAAUGUCACCUUCUACUUGGGCUUCACCUUCAGAGGGCCAGUGGCCUACAACAUUACAGCAAAGUCGUAGUAAA